AUGGCCUCGGCGCUGGAGCAGUUCGUGAACAGCGUCCGGCAGCUCUCGGCGCAAGGGCAGAUGACUCAGCUUUGCGAGCUGAUCAACAAGAGCGGGGAACUCCUUGCAAAGAACUUAUCCCACCUGGACACUGUGCUCGGGGCUCUGGAUGUACAGGAGCACUCCUUGGGCGUCCUUGCUGUUUUAUUUGUGAAGUUUUCUAUGCCCAGUGUUCCUGACUUCGAAACAUUAUUCUCACAGGUUCAGCUUUUUAUCAGUACUUGUAAUGGGGAGCACAUUCGAUAUGCAACAGACACGUUUGCUGGGCUUUGCCAUCAGCUGACAAAUGCCCUUAUGGAAAGAAAACAGCCCCUGCGAGGAAUCGGCAUCCUCAAGCAAGCCAUAGACAAGAUGCAGAUGAACACGAACCAGCUGACCUCGGUGCACGCCGACCUCUGCCAGCUUUGUUUGCUAGCAAAAUGUUUUAAGCCUGCCCUUCCAUAUCUUGAUGUGGACAUGAUGGAUAUUUGUAAAGAGAAUGGAGCCUACGACGCGAAGCAUUUUUUAUGUUACUAUUACUAUGGGGGCAUGAUCUAUACGGGGCUGAAGAACUUCGAAAGAGCACUCUACUUUUAUGAGCAGGCUAUCACUACCCCUGCCAUGGCGGUCAGUCAUAUCAUGUUGGAAUCAUAUAAGAAGUAUAUUCUAGUUUCUUUGAUAUUACUUGGAAAAGUACAACAGCUACCAAAAUAUACAUCUCAAAUUGUGGGUAGAUUCAUUAAGCCUCUUAGUAAUGCAUACCACGAGUUAGCACAAGUUUAUUCAACCAAUAACCCCUCAGAACUCCGCAACCUGGUGAAUAAGCACAGCGAAACGUUUACUCGUGACAACAACAUGGGCCUGGUGAAGCAGUGCUUGUCCUCGCUCUACAAGAAGAACAUUCAGAGGCUGACCAAGACCUUUUUAACACUAUCAUUACAAGAUAUGGCAAGUCGUGUGCAAUUAUCUGGACCACAGGAGGCAGAAAAAUAUGUCCUGCACAUGAUAGAAGAUGGUGAAAUUUUUGCAAGUAUUAAUCAGAAGGAUGGUAUGGUCAGUUUCCAUGACAACCCUGAAAAAUAUAAUAACCCAGCCAUGCUUCAUAACAUCGACCAGGAGAUGCUGAAGUGCAUCGAGCUGGAUGAGCGGCUGAAGGCGAUGGACCAGGAGAUCACAGUGAACCCCCAGUUUGUGCAGAAGAGCAUGGGGUCCCAGGAAGAUGAUUCUGGAAACAAGCCAUCCAGUUAUUCUUGA